UGACAUUGACGUGUUGCCCUGAAAAACUUUACUUUACAAAUCUCUCAAAAGUUCAAAUAUCUCAAAAUUCAAAUCUUUUUCUUACAAAUUACUACUGUACUUCCCAACAAAGUUCACAACUUUAUUCGGUCCAGUGUUCGAUCGGAAUUAGAUCAAUCAAACCCACUGUGGAAUCGGAGAAAGGAUCUUCACUUCAGAACAAAGAGGACGCCCUUGAUGUCAUCAUGAGAAACCUAACGGCGGAGUCCGGUUCGGGUUUGGGUUCGGGUCGGGCCGUCCAACUAGUUUACGUAGAUGAGAAUGGGAAGUUGAAGACGGACCUGGAAGCCAUUGGCGCUCUUCAGAAGCUUAAAGGUCCUGUCGCUGUUGUCUCUCUGUUCGGAAGAGCUCUCAAUGGCAAGAGCUUCAUCUGGAAUCAGCUUGUUAGCAGGAGCAUUGGCUUUGAAGUUCAAACUCUUCACAGGCCAUUCGCCGGAGAUAUAUGGAUGUGGAUUGAGCCGGUGAAGAGGAUUUCAGAAGAUGGAACCGAAUAUAGUUUGGUGCUACUCGAUGUCGAAGGAGCAGGCUCAAAUGGUGUACUGGCUACACGCAACAGUGAGAUAUUUGCCUUGGCUAUCCUCCUAUCAAGCGUGUUUAUCUAUGGUCCGGCACUUGGUGUAAGUGACAUUGCACUUGAUCUCUCUCGUCUACUUGAGAUUAGCAAGAACGAUCACGUUGGAGAAGCCAAGGACAAUACAUUUUCCGGGCUUGGGCAGUUCUCUCCCAUGUUUGUACAACUUAUGACGGACCUUAACUCAGAAACUGUGGACGGUGGAGAUGAUGUAACUCAGAAUAACAAACUCGAAACGGUACGACCCCAGCUUCUCUACGGUGUAAAUGCCUUAGCGAAGUUCGUCUCUGAGAGAGUGAGGCCUAAGAAAAGAGGCGAUACCAUCGUCACAGGACCGCCUCUUGCUUGUUUCACAAAGUCAUUUACAGAAAAUGUUAACAACAACGUCGUGCCUGAAAUUUCCUCUUUGUGGCUGUCUGUAGAGGAAUUAGAAGGUCGAAGGGCCCGUGAUGCAGCAAGUGAGGUAUACAUGUCGUCUUUGGGUCGUCCAGAGACUCCUGAAGAAUCAAUGCUGAUAGAAGCACACAAUAUAGCGGUUGUCAAAGCUUUGACCGCGUUUUGUGAAUCUUCCAUUGGAAACACUGAAGUAAAACAGAAAUACAAGAGAGACCUUUGGAGUUUCUUUGCGAAGGCUUUUGAGGAUCACAAGCGAGUGGCAAAUAUGGAAGCGUAUUCGAGAUGUUGUAGUGCUAUAGAAGAUAUGGGCAAGAAACUAUGGGCAUUGCCUUGUUCUCAUGAUGCUAACAUAGGCGAUAUGAUCAAGGCUCUUGAUACCGCUGUUUCAGAGUAUGAAGUGUCUAUCAACGGUCCUAUGAAAUGGCAGACACUGUCUUCCUUUUUGAGAAAGAGUAUACAGGACAUUCUCGUUCAUCGUAGAGGGAAUCAAAUGGAUGAACUUAUUUCUGAGAACUCCAAACUCAAGCUACAACAACGUUCGGUGGAAAGCACGAUGGGUUUGCUAAAGAAACAGCUUGAAGGAGGAGAGAAAACGAGGAAGGAAUAUCAGAAGCGUUACGAGAGCGCCAUUGAAGACAUGAAUAAGCUCUCGGAUCAGUUCAAACACCGGAUUCAUGACCUGGAAAGUAAGUGUAAGUCUACUCACCAUGAACACUCGAAUCUCAUGGAGGUGUUGGGGUCCACAAGACUAGAGGCUUCUGAGUGGAAACGGAAGUAUGAGGAGACAUUGGAUGAGAAUGGCGUGAGCAGCAGCAACAGUCGGGUCGGAGUCGAUUCGGGGAUCACUAGGUGCAGUAAUUCAAUUGACUGGAAAAUUAAAUACGAGAAUGUUGUGAGUGAGCAAAACGCUGUAUCAGAGAAGAUAGCGGCAAUGGAAGAGAAGUUGAAGCAAGCUUCAGCCACUGAAGAUGGCAUGAGAGCUGAAUUCUCUCGUGUUCUUGAUGAAAAGGAGAAAGUAGUCACCGAGACAGCUGCAAAGCUUGCGACUUUGGAGCAGCAAUUGGCCUCUACGCUUGCAGAAUUAAAGAAAGGUGAGUUGAAGGUGAAGGAAUGUUCUUUGGAAGCAAAAGACUUGAAGCUUCAAAUUUCGGCUCUGAACGAUAAAUACGAAUCGGUGAAAUCUACAGCGGAAUUGCGCGAAAGUGAGAUGCAGACAUUAAAACAAGAGAAAGAUGAGUUAGAGAGGAAGCAUCUUUCGCAUAUGGAGGAACUUGAAAAACUCUGGUUGAGGCUAAAGAAUGCCGAAAACGAGGCUUCAUCGGCUCAGAAACUUGCGGAUUCAUUGAGAGUGGAAGCUGAAACAGUACGGAACAACGAGAACAAACUUCAGGCGUCACUGCUGGAGAAAUGCAUUGAAAUCGACCGAGCUAAGAGCCGUAUCGAAGAGCUUGAAAAGGCAUGCUUGAAGCUCGAUGGUAGGGAAAGUGAAGCUUCAGCAUCCAAGAAUCUUGUAGAUUCGAUGAAAAGGGAAGCAGAGGCCUUCCGGAUGAGUGUGAAUGAGCUCCAGGCAUCGUUGCAGGAAAAAUGCAUUGAAAUCGAUCGAGGUAAGAACCGCAUAGAAGAACUUGAAAGAACCUGCUUGAAGCUCAAAGAUGCGGAGACAGAGGCUGCAACAGCUAGAGAGCUUGUGUGUUCGAUGACAAUAGAAAUGGAGACCGCACGAGACAAGGAAAACAAACUUGAGACGUUGUUGCAGGCAAAAAGCAUUGAAAUUGACAGAGCGAAAGGCCUAAUCGAGGAUCUGGAGAGGCAAAAGAUAGAACUUUCCGAAACGUUGGAGACAAGAGCGAAACAAAACGAAGAAGCGAUUGCAGGAUGGAAGAGAAUCAUGAUCAAUGCCGAGAAGGAAAAGUUGAGUAUGAUGCAGCGACAAGACUCUUUUAUGGUUUCAGAUGAAGCAACACCGCUGCAGCGUGUGAAGCGUUUGAAAGCAGAAGCAAGUAUGACAUGUUCUGGUUCGGAUUUCGGGCAAGAGACAGAAGAAGACACGGUUUCACAAGAGAGCGGGAGAGCGAUGAUUGCAAUGACCCCGAGAAAAUGCACAAGCACGGGCACUGGAGCUGGAUCGUCUUCUUCCACAGGCAUGGAUCAUUCGAGAUACACAAUGCAGAAGCUGAGAGAUGAGAUACUGAAACACGGGUUUGGAGCUGAGUUGGUUGGGUUAAAGAAUCCAAGAAAGAGAGUGUUGGUUGAGCUCUACGAACGGUGCGUUUUGCGAAAGUGAGCUGUAACAUCUUGGAUAUGCUGCAUGCAUACUCGGUGGUUUUCUUCACUGUUUCAGCUACUUCUUUCACAUUUUGGCAUUGUACUGCCUCUUCUUUCUCUUUUUUUUCAUUUACCAUAACCAAUUACUAUAUAAGCACAGCUUUUUGUGGCAUUGCAUGGUUGCGAAAUCAUAACAUAAAUUAUGCGAAAUAGAAUGAGAACUGCAAUUGGUUUGAGUGGCAUGGUUA